GCAGGACUGAGUGAAUGUUUCUCUUCUCACUCUCCCUGUUCUCUCGUCUGCUGUGGUUAUCAUGGACAAGCAGUCUUCAUAUCAGCAGCUUGUCUCCUAACAGACGUAACAAAGAAGUGACUCAGGACUACAGAGUGGUAUUUACUGGGCAUCUGAACACACCUGCAUGCCUCAUACUUUCAACAGACCCGUCACCCUUCAGACAGACGCAUCACAAACUGGACGUGGAGCUGUUCUUUUUCAGACAAUACGAGUGACAGAGUGAAGUGACAUCAGGAAAGCGCCAUGAGCACAGAAAAAGAGCGCAGUGUCCUGGAUGAUGCUGAAGAGGAGAAGGAGGUGAAGGAGGAGCAGGAGCUGGAGGAGCUGAGGGCUCAGGUGCUGCAGCUGCUGCUUGAGCUGGAAGAAGCUGGAGACACGGCUCAGAAACACGAGGAGAGCUUUCUGGAGCUGCAAGGUCUUCUUGAGGAGGAGCGUUUAGCUAGUGCUCAUCAGGCCGAGGCCUUCACGAGACAGAUCCAGCGUCUGCAAGCACAGCUUCGGUCUGUCCAGGAGGAGAUGGACAGUCUGGAGGAGGAGAAGGAGAGCGAGCUCCUGGAGGCGCAGGAGGAGCUGCGGGUGGCGCAGGAGGAGGUGCUGCUGCAACAGCAGGCGGCGGAGGACGCCGCAGCCGAAAGAGAGAACGACAUCGCCAGUCUGCAGGAGGAGCUCUGUCGCCUACGGGCCGAAAUCUCACGACUGGAGAACACGGGACAGGAGUACGAGCUGGAGAUCGUCACGCUCCGAGCGGAAAUAGAGAUGAAGAGCCAGAGCCGUCUACAGCAGAAGAAGGAGGGUGAAGUGGGUCUGUUGAUGGAUGAAUGUAACAAUCUGAAGGAACAAUGUCAUGCGUUACAAGAUGAAAACACAAGACUGAAUCACAGACUGCAGAUGCUGCAGAAGAGGAGUUCAGGCAGUACCUGCAUCACUGUCCAAGAAGAGCAGGACGAGACAGAAGAGGGAAAACACACACAGUGUGGCAUAGAGACAGAAACGGCAAGCUCUUCUAUGAGCUCCAACUGCAGGCUGGUGGACGCUGGGAUCCAGAAGAACAUAUCGUUUGAUGGUAAACCUGUGACCCCCACCAGCUGGACAGGAGGUUUCUCAGAGAUCCUCUCACUGAGAGAUCAACUCAAGCAGACAGAAGAGAAGGCCACACACGUGCAGCGAGAGUGCGAUGGACUAAGGAAUGAAGUAGAAAAUCUGCGGGAAAUGUAUGAGAGCAGUCAGAAGGAGCGAGCCGAGCUGGAGCUGGAGUUACUGCGCUGCAGGGAAGAGAUGGAGAGAGCUGCUGAUGUCAAAGAGGAAUGAUGCUAAUAAAAACAUUGAUUUGCUGCCGGUGGUCUGAACUACAGUAUAUUGUGGAGAGCGAAAGCUGUGUUCUCACCUGAUGAAGCCACACGCUCCGAUCAACACGCAUCACAGCCUCUACAGUCACAUCUGGAGUUUAAUGCUGUCUGUGUUUGUCUUUUCUGCAACAAUAACUACCUUCUGAGACAAAAAGGUCCUGCUUAUAUUUUUCCUAUAAUAUUUCACAUAUACUUCACAUUAGUUUAGAAAAUGUUUUUGAAUUAUUCACUAUUUACCUACUGAUUGUUUUGUGCUGGUUUAUUGUCAAUAUUAUUAAUUAUUAUGAGAUUAAGUAUUAAAAAUGUAUUAAUUGCAACAGGCCAAAAAAUACAGUAAAGGAGGUUCAAAUUAAAAAGAUAGUUGGAAUUAAGUAUCAAAUUAAAUAUUUAAAAUAUUUAUUUUAUACCUUAUAAAUUGUUUUGUGAAUUUACGCAAUGAUCUCGGUUUGCAAUAACUGCUUUAAUCUAGUCUUUUUUUAUAUUUUUAUGCAUGUUUCGGCAUGAGGGAACACUAUAUUGUCAUACAGAGGAUUGUAUAUAUUUAUGCACUGAUGAGAAUAAUCAAUGUGUCCAUACAGUUCUGGAAAGAAAUCUUGUGUACCCAUGAACAUAAUUUGUCAACAACAUCAUUUUGUUAACAUUUAGUGCAUAAACUCUUAAGGUCACUGAAGUAAAUGUAAAUUCAUAAUUAUUAACUAAUUCAACGACAUAGAAAUAAUGAUUAGAAGUAAUUUUGUAGCUCUUAAACUUUAACAAAUCUUCUCUAAAGUCAUCUGAAAAUUCUCUUCAUGCGUUGGAACAGAAUGAAAAAAAAAAAAAACAGCUUUAAACUCUUUAUUAAACAGCUUUUUAUCAAGAAAGUAAUAAUUUUACUUUUCCCAGUUGUUUGGUUAUAAAAUGUUAGAAUUUAUAUUUGGUUAUAAAAUAGUAGAAUUCAUAUAUAAUGUGUGUAAAAACUAAAUAUCUAAGUCAGACUUCUGUUUAUUAUGUAUAAUGACUAAGCUGAUAAACUGAUGUGAUCUCUUAUAGUUCAUUUAUUUUUAAAUAUAUUUAAUUUAUUUAUUUCAUUAACUUCUGAGUCAGCAAAGAUUAGAUUAGCUGAUUAAAGCCUAGGAAUAAAAGAGUUAUUAUUAUGAUUAAUUAUUAUUAUUUUUAUUCUGUUGUAACAGUAGUAGCAAAAACUGUAGGCCUACUUCAAUUUGUACAAAUUUCUAGAAUAUUUGUAUAUUUUGAAGCGUAAUAUAGAUGAACCAUGAGGUUUAAUGGUGUUUAAUGUACUGCAAUGAACUGAAACCCACUGUAGCCCUACAUCUGAUAAAGUCGAACCAACCUCCGAAACAUUUGUGAGUGUUUCUUUAAUGGGCACUUUCUGCCCUGCAGAUACUUAAAAAAAAAAAAAAAAAGCAUGUGCUUCUUGUUUGCAUAACCUAAUUUGUCCAUUAUCAAAUUGUCCUGUUAUAUUUUUAUAAAUAAUACAAAAUGUUUAGAUUAAAUCUGUGUGUUGUGUGUGUCUGUAUAUA